UCUUAGGGAUAGGUUGAGCGUGAGCUGCAGUUUCAGUUUGUUUUAUUCACCAUUUUGUGUAGCUGAGGGGGCAAAAAAAAAUCAAAGAUCGUUUUUAAAAAAAUAUAUUUUGGUCGUUUCCUUUUGCAGAUUUUAGAUUAAGAUUGAGCAUCCGGACGAUCUACUUUUUGCAUGCCGUUCUUGAAUUCCCUUCUUCAGUCGUGAAAGCGAAGAGCUUUUUUUAAUUUGCUUGCUUUUUGUGCAUUUUGCUUUUUUAUUUUCACCUCUACCACGUUUGAAAAAAAAUGUCAAGACCAGUGAGGAACAGGAAGGUGGUUGACUAUUCACAAUUCCAGGAAUCUGAUGAUGCAGAUGAAGACUAUGGAGGAGAUUCUGCACCUCCAAGCAAGAAAAUCCGUUCUUCCCCACGAGAAGUGAAACACAAGAAAAGGCCUGGAAAGAACUCUCAGGAUGACAGUGAAGAUUCAGAUGACAAAAUCCUAAAAUCAAAGAAAGAUGAUUCUGCAGAUGAUUUUGGAAGUGAAGAUGAUAAUGACUUUGGAGAGGAUGAGGAAGGUGCAGACAGUGAUUAUGACAGCUCAAAGAAGAGCAAAAAGGGAAAAAAAGCCAAACCAGAAAAACUUAUGCCCAAAAGGACACCUAAAUCAAGGAAACGCACUGCAGAUGAUAGUGAUGAUGAGAAGGAGGCUAGUAAGAAAGUGCGACAGCAGAGGCAAGCAGCCUCUAAGGCUGUUUCGAAACAGAGAGAGAUGCUUCUUGGUGACGGUGGCAGUGAGGAUGAGGAGAAUGAAGAGGAGGAGCAGCAGCAAUUUUUAGAUAAGGAAUCUGGCAGUGAUGAGGAUUUCAUGGUAGAUGAUGAUGACGACAGUGAUUAUGGAAGCUCACGGAAGAAGAGUAAGAAAGUGAUUAAGAAAAGCAAACCAGAGAAAAAGUCACCAAAGCCAAGACUAAAGGCUACAGUGACUCCAAGCCCCAUCAAAAGCAAGGGCAAAGGCCGACCAGCUGCAGCAAAAGCUUCAAUCUCCCAGAAAGAGGAAGAGGAGGAAGAUGAACCUGAGAGCCCUCGGGAAGAAGAGGAGGAAGAGGAGGAGGAGCAGGUGCAGCAGAAAAAAGAUGUGGUUCCACAAAAGAAGACUGGUAACACAGCAGAUGAUGAUGAAGAUGUUUCAGAAGAGGAACCUCAGUCUGGGGAAGACUAAGCAGGGGGCUUGACAUGGCUUUUUUAUUAUUACUUUGUGUAGAGUUAGAAAUUUUGGUUUUCAGUGUCUGUCUGGCCCAAGGGAUUGGACUUUAUUUUUUAUGCAAGGAUACAUUCAAGGACCCAUUUUUUUUUUUUUUGUACAGACAGGCCUUAGUCACCCACUUCCCCAUACCAGGCUUGAGUUUUCUUGGCUCUUUCAUCUCUUAGGAUCUCUUUGCACUGUUCAGUUGCAGCUAAAUCUCAUGCGUAUCUUAAAGUGCUAAGACCAUUUUUAUAGUCGUAAACUUGACUUUGACAUUAAAGAUCUGAUAUAGCAUUUUCUGUCAGCACAUAUGCUUAAUAUGUCUUAUUACUGAGAUUCAUAAAGCACUGCUUUAUAACUCUGCUCAUUUCUGUGUCUGCAGAAGAAAACCUCAGGUUACUGGACAAGGGGAAAGGGGUAAUAAGAUUAAACAAAAAAAGCUUUAUUCUUCAAUGAACUAAAGAUGACACUGUACUUGUGAUUUGUAUUUUAAAACACAUGAGUUUGUUAUAUGUGUGUUUUAAUUCAGAGGAUGGUAAACAAAGGGUUGAUAUUUGAGAAAACACAAUUUGCAUCUGAAUGAUUUUCAGUGCAUUGUGAUUUUAUUUUAAAACUAGGUAGACCAUAUCUACAAGCCUGUGUGUACUGAAUAAAUAAAACAUGGUCCUUGUGUAAGUCUGGGUCUCAAUUGGUCUGCUAAUCAUUUAUAAUUAUUUUUUUAUUAAUAUAGUUGUUGCUUAAGAAAAUAAAAGCAGCAGGCGCAUUGAAUUGAGAAACUGCGUAAAUGACUUAAUGCGGCUUGUAAUAGAGCUAUUCUGUUGAGCUGCUGCUGGUUUUACCUGUGUCUCUAUAUCAGCCUCUUUGUUUUCAAGCCAACUGUAUGAACUUUGUUGCCGUUUUAUGUGCAGCGGUCUGUGGUUAGGUUUCUCAUGGGUCAUGCCCGAGAAUGUGUGACUCCCAUAUGUUUGUGUUGGGCCUUAAUGUUUCUAUCAUCCUGGAGUCAAAAAUGCUAAAUGCAACGUUCAAUCCCUUGAGCCGCCUUGUUUUUAUUUUUUGUUUUGUAUUUUUUUUUUUUUUUAAAUAGGUAAUUCCCCCAUUUCAAAAAUGUCUGAAAAUGUGUGUGGUUGGGAGUGUUUUUUUCCCUUUUAAUCCAGAUGUUCUGCUUAUUUUUAAAUUUCUUUAAAAAAAUAAUAAAAUGUAUCAAUGUUA